CGAAUAAGCCCCUUCACGAUAAAUCCCGAGCAUGCGCAUAAACGCUUCCGGACGGCAACUUGUUGACAUAGAUACCAACAUGGCGACCCGGGAAAGUUUAAAUAAGUUAAAUCUCAGUUCUUUAAAGAUUCUUGCAGCGGAGCAUAAUAUUGAAGUGGAAAAGAAGAAAAAAGAGAGGAUAAUUUCGGAUAUACUCACAGAACAAGUUCCUUCAUCUACUCUAACACCGAUCAUCAAGCAGGCAGUUCAAGUGGGCGAUGUGACGAUUCCCAGUGAAGAAAAUGAAAACCUCCCACCCUUCAAUAGAGUGACUUACACCAUCAGUGACCAGACCAAAUUUCCGAUAAUCAAAUUUGGACAGAUUUACGAUUUUAUGGUGACAAGACCUACGUAUUCAGGGACAACAACUCAAAAUUUCAAGGGCCUUGACAAGGCAGUCAAACACUAUGAUGCUGGUGACAUCCAAGAUGUAGGGAUGGCACAGAUCAAUGAACAGACAACUUAUAUCCGAGCAAUGUGUCAAGCAUCCAUGAAGAAACAAAGAUACCAGGUGUAUAUAUGUACUUUGAAAACAGAUAGUGGGGAUUUUAUGGUGCAAUAUGGAUACUGUCAGUGUCCUAUAGGGUUAGCACAGUCAUGUAGCCAUAUUGGCAGUCUUUUAUUUGCAUUGAGCAGAGCUAAAGUUGGAAUAACAGAAGCAGAGAGCUGUACCUCUAAAUCCUGUACAUGGAAUGUUCCGAGGAAAGAUGUACAACCAAGACCGUUAUGUUACAUGGCAUCAAAGAAACCAAAGUUGGCUUCUUCAUCUGAGGAAGGGAAUGCAGGUACAUCAGAGACUGGUUAUACCACAUUCCAGUCUUUUGACCGUACUGUAAAUCUGGACAUAACCCUACAACACUUAAUGGAACUGAAGAAUGAUUUUCCUAAUACAGGCAUGUCUCAUUUAUGGAAUAUUCCUGAAUCUACUCCUGAUGUACACCAAGAAGUGGAGAUGGAUACUUGGGUUGACCCAAUGGAAAGAAAGAUGAAAGAAAUGCUAUAUACAGAAAACAGCUUACCUCCACCAUCAAUAGAAAGAGAGCUGGUUGACUAUAUAGAGAGCAAUACCAGGUUGCAGAGAGGGAGUACAGUGUGGAGAGAUCUACAUACAGGAAGGAUAACCAGUUCCAUAUUUGGUGAUGUAAUUGCAGCAGGAAGGAGUCCGAAUUCUCUCAUAAGACAAAUAACUGAGGGAUCCUCCCUUGAUAGGUAUUCAUCACUUCCAGAGGUUAUUCAGUGGGGAAUAGACAAUGAGGACAGGGCAAGAGCCCAGUAUAUAGAACUGAAGCAAUGUAUGCAUGAUGAUUUCAAAGUCGAGACCGCAGGGUUAACUUUAAACAACAUCUACUCUUUUCUAGGAGCAACUAGUGAUGGCAUAGUGAUUGAAGGAGAUAGUGUUGGUCUCCUAGAAAUUAAAUGUCCAUUUUCCCUGAAGGGAGUGAGGGUCAACACAUUGGAAAUUGACAUGAUUCUUGGGAUGAAUGACCCUAGUUUUUGUUUGAUUUAUACACCUGAUGGCCCAACAUUGAACCCCAGUCACAAAUAUUAUGCACAAGUCCAAGGUGAAAUGGCAAUAAAAGAACUUCCUUGGUGUGACUUUGUUCUGUGGACAGCAGCAAAAGAAAACAACAUUUGCAUUGACAGGGUGUACUUUAAUGCUGAAUUUGUACAAAACAUGCUACAAAAACUUGUGAAAUUCUAUAUGGAUAAAAUUUUUCCAUUCUUUUAUCAGUAAACACAGUAAACAAUUUAAAGAAUAAGUAUAAUAGUUAAGGCAAUUUGAGGGUAUAACUGCAUAACAUCACCAUAUUGAUUUUUUGUCAAAAAUGUCAUCAAGAUAAUUAUUGUUGUGUUUGUGUAACUAUUUUUUCUAAUCUUUAAAAUGCAGAAAUUCUUUAAAAUAAAACUUGUAUGUGGCAAUUCAGUAUAUUUGAGAUUAUAUCAAAGGGAGAUAAUAUAUAAUUUGCAUAUACAACAUGAACUACCAAAUUUUAAUGAGCUAUAUGACCAUUAAUUUUUUCUUUUUAAUUCUAAGUUUAAUUCUAAAAAUGACAAAAUUAAUGAAUCUGUAUAAUUUCUUUCAUUCAAAAACUUAUCCAUCGUGAAACCAAUGAUUUGAUGUUUGCGUUUACCCUCAAAGUACUCCUUAAAAUUAUUUUAAAGUGACAAAAGAAUGUCUGGAAAUUGCACUGUAAUAAAAAAAACAUUGAAUAAGAAUCAUUUUCUAUAAUGUACAAUAUUAUUGAGCAUAGCAUGAAAAUAUUAUGAGUUAAUUCCUACAGUGCAUGUAUUACAACUUUGACAGACAAAAUGCUACUUUAAACAUAUCUUCAAUAGUCCAUUUGCCAAUUUGUCAUCAGUUUGAAAAAAAGAAGCAAGUAUUGGCAUCAAACGUUUUUAGCUUAAUAAAAGAUUAAAUGGAAUGACAAUAUUUUUAAAACUUUAUAAGAUCUCAUACAUAACAUGAAGAUAAAUAUUUCUGAUAUCUCAUUGUCAAUAAAAUAUUAUGUCUUAAGGGAAGCAACUCAAGGAAAUUAAUCUCUUAUUACAGAAAUGGCAAAUAGGCUGAGAAGAGUAAUCAAGUCUUAUAAUUAUUGAAAUACAGAAUCAGGAAUGCAAUCAGGAAAUAACUGACCAUCAUCAUUGAUUCUUUUUAUUUGUUGAAAACUUUUUGAAAAUAGACCUUUAAAUUCUUAUAUUCAGU